UACUGGGGGCUUCCCCUCAGCCCAGCACCCCCCGGCACUUCUCGGAACCGCUCGCGGGCCCCGGCUCCCCGACACUACCCGGCACUCCUCCCCACUGCGAAACAUCCCUGCCGCACUAGCGUCCCCGUGGUAAAUUUUUUCGAUACGGACAGCUCUACACACCUGUUGAGUUUUCUUCAAUACUUGUCUAAAACGAUAAUUGUCACAUCAUGUUGUCUAGAACCAUUGCCAGAGCUUCAAGAUCUGUUACUCAACAGAAGAGAUUCUUGUCUUUACAUGAAUACCGUUCUGCUGCUCUUUUAAAGUCUUACGGUGUCGGUGUCCCUAACGGUGACGCUGCCACCACCGCCCAAGGCGCUUACGACAUUGCCAAGUCGUUGGGUACCAACGAAUUGGUCAUCAAGGCCCAAGCCUUGACUGGUGGUCGUGGUAAGGGUCACUUCGACUCCGGCUUGCAAGGUGGUGUCAAGUUGAUCUCUUCUGCUGAAGAAGCUAAGGACUUGGCUGGCCAAAUGUUGGGUCACAAGAUCAUCACCAAGCAAACCGGUGCUGCUGGUAAGGAAGUCACUGCCGUCUACGUCGUCGAAAGAAAGGACGCCAGAACCGAAGCCUACGUCGCUAUCUUGAUGGACAGAUCCACCCAAUUGCCAAUCAUCGUCGCUUCCUCCCAAGGUGGUAUGGAUAUCGAAGGUGUUGCCGCUGAAACCCCAGAUGCUAUCAAGACCUUCCCAGUUCCUUUGGAAGAAGGUGUUACCGAUGCUUUGGCCACCGAAGUCGCCUCCGUCUUGGGCUACACCGACGCUGCUAUCCCAGAAGCUGCCAAGACCAUCCAAAACUUAUACAAGGUUUUCACCGAACGUGACUGUACCCAAGUUGAAAUCAACCCAUUGUCUGAAACCCCAGACCACAAGGUCUUAGCCAUGGAUGCCAAGUUAGGUUUCGAUGACAACGCUUCUUUCCGUCAAAAGGAAGUUUUCUCUUGGAGAGACACCACCCAAGAAGACCCACAAGAAGUUGAAGCUGCUGAAUACGGCUUGAACUUCAUCAAGUUGGACGGUAACAUCGCCAACAUUGUCAACGGUGCUGGUUUGGCCAUGGCCACCAUGGAUAUCAUCAAGUUAUACGGUGGUGAGCCAGCCAACUUCUUGGACUGUGGUGGUACUGCCACCCCACAAACCAUUGAAAAGGCUUUCGAAUUGAUCUUGUCUGACAAGAAGGUCAACGGUAUUUUCGUUAACAUUUUCGGUGGUAUCGUCAGAUGUGACUACGUCGCUGAAGGUUUGAUUGCUGCCACCAAGAACUUCAAGUUGGACAUCCCAGUUGUCGUCAGAUUGCAAGGUACCAACAUGGCCAAGGCCAAGGAAUUGAUUGACAACUCUGGUUUGAAGUUGUUUGCCUUCGAAGACUUGGACCCAGCUGCCGAGAAGAUUGUGGAAUUGUGCCCAAAGAACUAAAUAGGUUAGUAUAGAAAUCUAUAUUGAGUGUUGAGAAGAGUGUAGAGCAUUGUUAGUACGCUGGAUAGGGAAAGAAGAUAAGUCGAGUAAUUGCAUCAUGGCGAAAUUGCUGACCAUAAUUGAAAACCUAUACUUUGACCUUUUGAACAUGACCCAAAUUCAUGACUUGUUGGCGGAAUGCCACCCACACCUGAAGACAUCGUUACAGCGGAUGACCCGCUAUUUUUGUAACGAGAAAGACGAUGAGACCAAGAUGGUGAGCUACCAUGUGCUGCUGAUUCCAUGUGAUCUUCUUCACUGGCAAUAAACUACAUGCCUGCCUUUCUACAGUCUAAUUGAUGGGGUGAACUCUUCACAGG